GUCCCUGGUAACAGUAGUACCCCACUUCCUUGCCGCAACAGAUUCAGGUUUCGUUGACUACGUGGCACCAACAAAGUAUAAUUUCACAAUUGAACAACCAAAAAGAAAAGAAUUCCCCGCUACGUAUAUAUUUCAUUUCCAUCACACGCAAGCAAAAUUACUUACGUACUGCUCACAGCAUAAGGAGAGAGGAAAAACCACACUAAUUUCCUCAUCAAGCUCUCUGCCAAAUUCUCAUUUCCCUUCCACACCUUUCGAUCCGAUAAAUUUUGCUUACAGAGAAAUCUACUGAGGCUUCGCUUCAGCUGUCGAAUCGAAAAUCUACUCUUCUGUAAUCCGUUCGUAUUUCCUCUGUUCGUUCGAUUGCGGAGCCGAAUUGACCUCGGCUGACAGUGAGUGCUAUGUAUAGAUCUUAGUGGAAGCACAAACUAAGUCUUCCUAUGGAGGAACCAUGGGGGCUCUUUUGCCAGCUACCAGAUCUUUGGUAUUGUCAUGAUCAAAGUGCUAGAGUUCAUAUAACAGCUUAAUGAACAACCUACAGAGGAACAGUCUUGGAGAGAGGAAUGUGGAACAGGCCAUUACAGCCUUAAAAAGAGGAUCAUACCUACUGAAGUAUGGAUGCAGAGGAAAGCCAAAGUUCUGCCCUUUUCGUCUUUCUACCGAUGAAACAAGACUGAUAUGGUAUGUUGAAAAGGAGGAGAAACAGCUUCAAUUGAGUCAGGUUUCAAGGAUUAUUCCUGGUCAACGAACUGCAAAUUUUCAGCGGUUUCCUAGACCUGAGAAAGAAUAUCAGUCAUUUUCACUUCUAUAUGGCAAAAGUUCCUUGGAUUUGAUCUGCAAAGAUAAGGAAGAGGCAGAAGUUUGGUUUGUUGCUCUCAAGGCCUUAAUAUCUCGGGUUAACUGUCAAAAGUGGACAAGCGAUAUAAGACAUGAUGCAGCAUAUUCUGAUGGUUCAACUUCUGUGACACAACGAAGUUCUCACUCUACUUUGUCAAGUAGUAGUGGAAGCAGCAGUACACCCUAUGAGGACCCAAAGAAAAAUCUAUUGGGUUCAGUUCCAUCUCAGAGUCCUCCAAAAAAGAGAUUAGAAAGAGCUUUCUCUGACUAUUUACUUUAUAAUUCAGCCGCAAAAUGUUCUUCCCAUAGAGAGUUUGCUGCUAGUUCCCUCAACUCAAGAUCAUAUGGAAACUUAGAUGAUGAAAUUGGGCAAAGCUCUGCCGAUACUAUCCAAAUUAGUUUCUCCAGUGCCAUUAGUUCAUCUAGCCAGGGAUCUUUCGCAAAUACUGAUACCCUUUGUGACAUUUUAAUGUGGGGAGAAGGAAUUGGUGAUGGCCUGCUUGUUGGUGGGAUGUGUGGACUUGGAAAAUUUGAAGCUGCAAGAAGGGAUGCACCUUUGCCAAGGACCUUGGAAUCAGCAUUACUACUUGAUGCUCAAUAUGUUGCUUGUGGGAGCAGACAUGCCGUACUAAUCACAAAGCAAGGAGAGAUUUUUAGUUGGGGAGAGGGGUUAAGUGGCAGACUAGGGCAUGGAGUAGAAUCUGACAUUUCUAGCCCAAAACUUAUUGACACUCUCUGUGGGUUGAAUGUUACAUCAGCAGCAUGCGGAGAUUAUCAUACUUGUGCCACAACAAUCAGUGGAGAUCUCUAUACAUGGGGUGAGGGUACCUUUAACUUUGGCCUCCUUGGGCAUGAUACUGGAAUCAGUCACUGGAUCCCCAAAAAAGUAAGGGGUCCUUUGGUUGGUAAGCAUGUCUCGUAUGUCUCUUGUGGUCCUUGGCAUUCAGCUGUUAUAACAUCAGUUGGCCAGCUUUUUACUUUUGGUGAUGGAACAUUUGGUGCUCUAGGUCAUGGGGAUCGUAGUAGCAUUGGUAUUCCUAGGGAAGUUGAAACUCUACAAGGACAAAGAACAGUUAGAGUGGCAUGUGGGCAUUGGCACACUGCAGCUGUGGUAGAGCUCUCUUAUGACGAUUCCGGCUCUUGUAAUUCCCCACCUUGGAAGCUUUUCACCUGGGGAAAUGGGGAUGACGGACAACUUGGACACAACGAUAAUGCUUCUAGACUCACUCCAUGCAACAUUGUACAGUUGGAUGGCAUUAACUUCAGUAGAGUAGCCUGUGGCCAUAGUAUUACAGUUGCUCUGACAACAUUAGGGCAAGUAUAUACAAUGGGGAAAGCUGAUUAUGGGCAACUAGGAAUUCCUGGAAGUACUGGGAAGUUUCCUUGUCGUGUUCAAGGAAAAAUUACAAAUUGUUUCAUUGAAGAAAUAGCUUGUGGCUCUUUCCAUGUUGUGUCCCUGAGCUCUAACUCUGAGCUUUACACGUGGGGAAAGGGAGGAAAUGGACAGCUAGGACAUGGGGACAAUCAUGAUAGGAACACUCCUACACUGGUUGAAGCGCUGAAAGCAAAAAAAGUAAAGGAUGUGGUCUGUGGAAAUAAUUUUACUGCUGCCAUUUGUUUACACAGAGAAGUGUCUGUUGCUUAUAAUUCCAUAUGUGCUGGAUGCCAGAGUCCAUUUAAUCUUAGACGAAAACGUCAUAACUGCUACAACUGUGGGCUUGUCUUUUGCAAAGUAUGCACCAGUAAAAGAUCUGUAAGAGCUUCUUUGGCUCCAAAAAUGAACAAACCUUAUCGUGUGUGUGAAGAUUGUUUUACUAAAUUGAACAAGGGCUUGGAUAUUGGAUUGACUUGUCUACCACCGAAGGCCACUAUUGGAAGCUUACAGAAGAAUACUGGAGAAAGGAGGAAAGAGACCUCACCUUCCAAACAAAAAGGCCUUCUCUCUAGGCUGUCUUCAUUCAAUUCACUCAGACGGUCUGACGAUCAACAUUUUAGAAAGAACCAAAAGCAAGAUUCAAACUCUGACAAUGUCUCUCCAAUUCCUAAUGGCAAUACUCAGAGUGAAGUAUCUCAAACAUCAAGCCCAUUGAUGUCUUUUUCUAGCUGCCCUGAGAAAUUGUCUGUUUCUUUUGUUGGAUCAACAAGUCAUUCUCAAGCUGGUUCUCCUGCUUCUUUUGAAUCAAGUUCAUCUUAUUCUGUGUCACUGAGAUCUGCUUUUUCUGCACAAGCAAAUCACGAAGUGGAUCUUGAUGAUUCAAAUCAAACAAGUGAAAGUCUGAAAAAGGAAAUUUCAAUAUUGAAGGAGCAGGUAGAGAUUCUUACCCAGAGAUCCCUAUUCUUAGAGGCUGAGCUUGAGAAAAAAUCAAUGCAACUACAAGAGAAAACUGAAGAGGCUAGAAUGGAAACAGACAAAAAUAAUGCUGCUAAGGAAGUCAUCAAAUCUCUAAUGACGCAGGUAAAGGGCAACACUGCAAGAGCACCUCAGGAUGGUUCUGCAGAACAUCUGAUCCAUUCGACGAUGAUACCUACAGUGCCUUGAACCUUGUUUCAGGAAGGAGUAAACCAACCAGCUAGGAUUUCAUCAUACUCCUUUUCUUUUUGCACUUUUCUGCAGAUCACUGAAGAUUUAUGUUGGGUGUCAUCAAUGUCUGGAAGUUUAUUACUCAUGAAAAUCUGAGAACGAUGAGAUGCACGCCAACUGGUUCAAGGGAAAGAGUCUUAUUACUGGUACAAAGGUUUGAUACUAACGAAGAUGUCUCUCUAUCGGAAAGUGUACAUUCAAUUUUGCAUAUAGAGUGGAGCUAAUAUCCAUAGUACACAUUAGGAUGAACGGAAGGCUGCUGUUUCUAUGAUGAGUAGGUGAAAGGAAAAUGAAAUUCAUGAUAAUAAUCAACAGGCUGUGAUAUGUUCUUCCUCGUUUGAAUUCAUUGAGCUGUUGAAGUACCUAUGCUUACCCACUUCAUGCGGUUCUCUUUCUCCCAACUGUGUAAAGAAGUACUGGGAUUUUUUUGGUUUGUUUGACGUUGAUCGGAGGAUCUAGAUUUUGUCAAUUUUGAUAAUGUUACUGUAGAAUAAAAGUUUUUAACACUA